GGCCGGGGCGGGCGCGGGGGCCGCAGCGGCCGAGGCGCCGCGCCCGCUCCAUGGAGGCCGCGGCCGAGGCCCCGGGGGCGCCCGCGGCGCUCAGCUGCUUCUCCUACAACCAGGACUGCACCUCCCUGGCCAUUGGAACCACAACUGGAUACAGACUCUUCUCCUUAAGUUCUGUGGAGCAACUGGACCAGGUCCAUGAAAGCAAUGAAAUCCCAGAUGUUUACAUCGUGGAGCGUCUGUUCUCCAGCAGCCUUGUGGUCGUGGUCAGCCAUGCCAAGCCACAGCAAAUGAAUGUGUACCACUUCAAGAAAGGGACAGAGAUCUGCAACUACAGCUAUUCCAGUAAAAUCCUGUCCAUCCGCCUGAACCGGCAGAGGCUGGUGGUGUGCCUGGAAGAGUCCAUCUACAUCCAUAACAUCAAGGACAUGAAGCUUCUGAAGACUAUCAUGGAUACACCUCCCAACACAACAGGUCUGUGUGCUCUCUCCAUCAACCACGCCAACUCCUACUUGGCUUAUCCCGGCAGCGCGACCAGCGGGGAGAUCGCGCUUUACGACGGAAAUACUUUGAAAACAGCCUGCACCAUUCCUGCCCAUGAGGGGCCUCUGGCUGCUCUCACCUUCAACUCCACCGGCUCCAAGCUGGCCAGUGCUUCUGAAAAAGGCACAGUCAUUCGUGUAUUUUCCAUUCCUGGGGGGCAAAAACUCUAUGAAUUCCGGCGAGGGAUGAAAAGGUAUGUGAACAUCAGCUCCCUGGUGUUCAGCAUGGAUUCCCAGUUCCUCUGUGCUUCCAGCAACACGGAGACCGUGCACAUCUUCAAACUGGAGCAUCUCACAGACAGCCGGCCAGAGGAGCCUCCAACCUGGAGUGGUUACAUGGGGAAGAUGUUCCAGGCUGCCACCAACUACCUCCCUGCGCAGGUGUCCGGCAUGAUGAGCCAGGACCGAGCCUUUGCCACCGUCCGGCUGAACAUCUCCGGGCAGAGGAACAUCUGUGCCCUGUCCACGAUUCAGAAGCUGCCUCGGCUGUUGGUGACGACGUCGGAUGGACACCUCUACAUCUAUAACCUGGACCCCCAGGAUGGAGGGGAGUGUGUCCUCAUUAAAAAUCACAGUCUGCUUGGCUCAGGAAAGAUGGAGGAGAACAAAGAAAACGACCUUCAGCCUCCAGUACCUCAAUCUUAUGCAGCAACUGUAGCCAGACAAAGUACAGUGCCUUCAACUUCGACCAUGCCAGGUUACUCGGAGGACGGCGGAGCCCUGCGGGGCGAGGUGAUCCCAGAGCACGAGUUUGCAACUGGACCAGUCUGUCUGGAUGAUGAGAAUGAGUUUCCUCCUAUAAUCCUGUGCCGUGGAGGUCAGCCGGGCAAGGCCAAGAGGUCGUGAGGAGAAGCAAAACAGCCACGCUUGGGACAGCUGCUGGAAAAGCCAGGAGUUUCCAAGAACAGAUCUGUGAGUCCCCAAGAUGAGAAAAAAAAUACAGAAAUUAAGGUUGGGCCGGGCUUUUUGCUCUGUGUAAGUGAACACCUGGCCCUGUUAGCCCCUGUUUUAAUUUGUGUCUGGGUGGGGUGUCAAUGUACUGUAUGCACAUGGCUCUAUUUAACAAACUCUAUGUUAGAACCACAGUGUAAAUGCUAAUUUAAUCAGAUUUGUAUGUAACCAGAAUUUUAUAUACCCAUUUGUCCCCUUUUCUAAUUUAUGCUGUUUUAUGUGUAUAAAUGUACUUAUAGGAAGAGAUAUUAAACUUAUGUCUUUGUACAGUAUAAACAGACUAUUUUAACCCAGGCAAAGUAUUUUUGCAGUGAUAUUAGAGAAGAUGCCAUUUGCUAUAUUGAAAGACAGAAUAAAGUCACAGUCUGUCCCUGGCA